AUGGAGAGACGCGCUAGUGCCGGCGGCGGCGGCGGUGCGGCGGUGCGGCGGUGCGGCGGAGCGGCGGAGCGACGGCGGGGCGUGAACGUAGUACGGUCGAGGCCGCCGAGCACGACCGCGACGUUCGCGCGUUUAAUCCCACUCCAAUUUCGGUCGAUGCGAUGUUGUACGGGACCCGCGCAUGACUACAGUGAAAUUGUGGACAUCCUGGCGGUCGUCGGGACUGGCGUUGCGCGCAGCGUUACGCGCACGAUCGAUAGCGCGUGGCGCGCGCUGCGGCAUACACAAAACCGUCCCCGCGCUCGUGGAAAGCGCGUGCCGCCCUUGCGA